AUCCAUCUCCCCCUCCCAAAAAAUUUCUAUCUCUCGCCGGUGGAAAAUCUUCCAAGCACCUUCUGAAGGAAACAGCAAGUUUCACUUACACACUUGCACACAGAAGCGAGAGAUAUUAAAGCAACUUAUCCCACCCGACCGGAAGGCGGGGCCCCUCGGAGGGCGUUCCUUCCUUCCGCCCGGAUAUCCAAGGCCCGCGAUGUCGGCGGCGCAGGGCCUUGCUCUGAAGCUCCGCGCCGCGCCGGCGUCGGGUGGCCGUAGAGCGCCGCGGGGCCGGAUUUUUGCGGCGUGCGGGCCCGCGUCGCGGCAGCGCUACGGGAGUGGCGGCGUUUCGCUGGAUGGCGGGUUCCUCCGCCUCCCCGCCGCCGUGGCGCGCGCCGCCCCGCGGGCGCCUCGUGCGUCGUCGAGUGACUUCGCGGCGGAGGAAGGGGCGGAGGCGCCGCUGCCGCCAUGGUCGAUGUCGAAGAUCCCCGAGAGCAGCAUUGGGCUCUACGACCCCUCGUUCGAGCGCGACUCUUGCGGCGUCGGCUUCAUCGCCGAGCUCUCCGCCGAGUACAGCCGCAAAACCGUCGUCGAUGCCAUCGAGAUGCUCGAAAGAAUGGCUCACCGCGGCGCGUGCGGCUGCGAGAAGAAUACCGGCGAUGGCGCGGGCAUCCUCGUUGCGCUCCCGCACGAGUUCUUCAGAAAGGUCGUCAAGGACGCAGGAUUUGAGCUUCCGUCGCCUGGUGAUUAUGCCGUCGGGAUGUUUUUCAUGCCAAGGGACGAUCAACUCCGUGAGAAGAGCAAGCUCGUGUUCCGUGAGAUAGCGGAGAAGCUGGGACAUGUUGUUCUCGGCUGGCGCCGGGUUCCAACGGACAACUUGGACUUGGGAAAAUCAGCUCUUGAUACCGAGCCCGUGAUUGAGCAAGUGUUUGUCACCAAGAGUCAACGUUCAGAAGCUGAAUUUGAGCAGCAGAUGUACAUCCUAAGGAGGUUCUCGAUCGUGUCCAUACGAGAAGCUUUGGGUGCCCAGAAAGGACAAAAGAAUUUUUACAUGUGCUCUCUAUCUUCAAGAACUAUUGUUUACAAGGGUCAGCUUAUGCCUAGUCAACUCAAGGGGUACUUCUUCGCGGACUUAGGAGAUGAAAGCUUCACAAGUUAUAUGGCUCUGGUGCACUCCAGAUUCUGUACAAACACCUUCCCAAGCUGGGACCGAGCACAGCCAAUGCGUAUUCUGGGACAUAAUGGCGAGAUUAAUACCCUUCGGGGGAACAAGAACUGGAUGAAAGCACGAGAGGGUCUCUUGAAGUGCAAAGGAUUCGGUCUAUCAAGGGAUGAAAUGUCAAAACUUCUCCCAAUAGUGGACUCCACCUCUUCAGAUUCAGGUGCCUUUGAUAACGUUCUUGAGCUCCUUGUACAAUCCGGAAGAAGCGUGGCAGAAGCUGUCAUGAUGAUGAUCCCUGAAGCGUGGCAGAAUAAUGUGGACGUGGACCCUGAGAGAAAAGCUUUGUAUGAGUACUUUUCAGCCCUUAUGGAACCUUGGGAUGGACCGGCUCUAGUAUCAUUUACUGACGGUCGUUACCUUGGUGCUACCCUGGAUCGUAAUGGUUUGAGGCCUGGCCGUUUUUAUGAGACUUACAGUGGUCGGGUAAUCAUGGCUAGUGAAGUAGGUGUGGUUGAUGUCCUUCCUGAAGAUGUGAUGACAAAAGGUAGGCUAAACCCUGGGAUGAUGCUUUUAAUUGACUUUGAGAAGCACUGUGUUGUGGAUGACGAUGCUUUGAAGAAACAAUACGCCAAAGCUCACCCGUAUGGAGAGUGGCUGAAGACACAAAAGAUAGAACUCAGAGAUAUUAUAGAAUCUGUUUCUGCAACUGAAAGAAUUGCUCCAAUGAUUUCUGGUGCACUUCGAGAACCUGUUGGCGUCAAUGGAAUUUUGGCUCCACUAAAAGCCUUUGGUUAUACACUAGAAACACUGGACAUGCUGCUGCUGCCAAUGGCUAAAGAUGGAGCAGAAGCUCUAGGAUCGAUGGGAAAUGAUACCCCCCUGGCUGUUAUGUCAAACAGAGAGAAGCUGACUGCGGAGUAUUUCAAGCAGAUGUUUGCACAGGUUACAAACCCACCGAUUGAUCCAAUCAGGGAGAAAAUUGUCACAUCUAUGGAGUGUAUGGUUGGUCCAGAAGGUGACUUGUCCGAAACAACAGAGCGACAAUGCCAUCGCCUCACGCUUAAAAGUCCUUUACUACAUAUUGAUGAAAUUGAGGCCAUUAAAAACAUGAACUACCGUGGCUGGCGCAGCAAGGUGCUUGACAUAACUUAUCCAAAAAAGUAUGGCAAGAAAGGUUUAGAGCAGACUCUCGAUAAAGUUUGUGCUCAAGCACGUGAAGCUAUUCAAGAGGGCUACAAAAUUUUAAUUAUCUCUGAUAGAGGUUUUUCUCCGGAUCAUGUAGCUGUCAGCUCCUUAUUGGCAGUUGGAGCUGUUCAUCAGAACCUUGUCUCAAAUCAUGAAAGGACACAUGUAGGGUUAUUGGUUGAAUCUGCUGAACCUCAUGAAGUGCACCAUUUCUGCACGCUCAUUGGAUAUGGUGCAGAUGCUAUAUGUCCUUAUUUGGCUAUAGAAGUAAUAUGUCGGUUGCAGAUUGAUGGGAGGAUUCCUUGUACUGAUGGUGAACAACCCUAUACACAGGAACAGCUUGCCCAAAAAUAUUUCAAUGCUUCCAACUAUGGGAUGAUGAAAGUUCUUGCUAAAAUGGGAAUAUCCACACUGGCCUCCUACAAAGGUGCUCAGAUUUUUGAAGCCCUUGGUCUUGCUUCAGAAGUGAUCAGCAAGUGUUUUGAGGGCACUCCAAGUAAAGUUGAGGGUGCCAAAUUUGAUAUGCUCGCAAACGAUGCUCUUCGUCUCCAUGAUUUGGCAUUCCCAUCAAGAAGUUGGCCACAUGGAAGUGCAGAGGCAAAUGCACUUCCCAACCCUGGGAAUUACCACUGGAGGAAAAACGGAGAAGUACACCUUAAUGAUCCUCUUUCGAUUGCAAAAUUACAAGAAGCAGCUAGAAUUAACAGCAAGGAAGCAUACAAAGAAUAUUCUAGGCUCAUUCAGGACAACAAUAAGGCCUGCACUCUUCGUGGUAUGCUAAAAUUUAGAGAAACCCGUGACAGAAUUUCUCUGGACGAGGUUGAACCUGCAAGUGAGAUAAUGAAGCGAUUUUGUACUGGAGCAAUGAGUUAUGGAUCCAUUUCCUUGGAAGCUCACACUACCCUCGCUGAGGCUAUGAACAUACUUGGAGGAAAAUCUAAUACAGGCGAGGGAGGGGAACUGCCAUCCCGCAUGGAACUUCUUGCUGAUGGUUCAAUGAAUCCAAGAAUAAGUGCAAUCAAGCAAGUAGCGAGUGGAAGAUUUGGAGUUUCCAUCUACUAUCUGACUAAUGCAAUUGAGAUACAGAUAAAAAUGGCUCAGGGUGCUAAACCUGGUGAAGGGGGCGAGCUUCCAGGUCAUAAGGUCAUCGGUGACAUUGCAGUUACAAGACAUUCCACAGCUGGUGUAGGACUUAUUAGCCCACCUCCUCACCAUGAUAUAUACUCCAUUGAGGAUCUAUCACAACUGAUACAUGAUCUUAAGAAUGCAAAUCCAGGGGCCAGAAUUAGCGUCAAACUAGUAUCUGAGGCUGGUGUAGGAGUUGUGGCUAGUGGGGUUGUGAAAGCACAUGCAGACCACGUGCUCAUAUCUGGGCAUGAUGGAGGCACUGGAGCUUCUAGAUGGACAGGAAUAAAGAAUGCUGGACUUCCUUGGGAGCUUGGAUUGGCUGAGACACAUCAGACUCUAGUGGCGAAUGGGCUCCGUGGCCGAGCUGUCCUUCAAACCGAUGGACAGUUGAAAACCGGUAGAGAUGUUGCCAUUGCUUGUUUACUUGGUGCAGAGGAAUUUGGUUUUAGCACAGCUCCAUUAAUCACACUUGGCUGCAUUAUGAUGCGAAAGUGUCAUACCAACACUUGCCCUGUCGGUAUUGCUACACAAGAUCCAGUUCUUCGAGAAAAAUUCUCUGGGAAGCCAGAGCAUGUCAUAAACUACUUCUUUAUGGUUGCUGAGGAGGUAAGGGAAAUCAUGUCUCGGCUUGGUUUCCGUACUGUUAAUGAAAUGGUUGGGCAGGCUGACAUGCUUGAGGUUGAUCCAGAGGUACUGAAGGGCAAUGAAAAACUUGAGAACAUUGAUCUCUCGCAGAUUCUGAAACCAGCUUCUAAAAUUAGCCCAGGGGCUGCUCAAUAUUGUGUCGAGAAACAAGAUCAUGGCCUUCAUAGAGCACUAGAUAACAAACUCAUAGCCUUAUCAAGAGUUGCCCUCGAGAAAGGUAGUCGUGUUUUCAUUGAAACAUCCGUCCGGAACACUAACCGAACUGUUGGCGCUAUGCUUAGUCACGAAGUGACGAAACGAUACCACAUACAUGGACUGCCUUCAGAUACCAUCCAUGUUAAGCUCAAUGGAAGUGCCGGUCAAAGUUUUGGUGCUUUUCUUUGUCCUGGGAUCACUCUUAAGCUUGAAGGAGAUAGCAAUGAUUAUGUUGGCAAAGGAUUAUCUGGUGGAAAGAUUGUUGUGUACCCACCAAGAAACAGUCGUUUCAAUCCUCAGGAUAAUAUUGUGAUCGGUAAUGUAGCUUUGUAUGGUUCGACAAAGGGUGAGGCGUAUUUCAAUGGUAUGGCAGCAGAAAGGUUUUGUGUCCGCAAUUCAGGUGCUGAAGCAGUCGUUGAAGGAAUUGGGGAUCAUGGAUGUGAGUACAUGACAGGAGGCAUUGUUGUUAUUCUUGGAAAAACUGGUAGAAACUUUGGCGCUGGCAUGAGUGGUGGUAUUGCAUAUGUUUAUGAUGUCGAUGGGAAGUUCAGUAGCCGUUGUAACCAUGAGUUAGUCGAGUUGUAUCGUGUAGUUGAGGAGGAGGAUAUUAAAACAUUGAGAAUGAUGAUAGAACAGCAUCGGCUAAACACAGAAAGUCAUUUAGCCAAAUAUAUACUCUCUAGUUUUGAAGAUCAACUUCCGAAAUUUGUGAAAGUAUUUCCAAGAGAUUACAAGCGAGUUUUGGAUAACCUGAAGGUGGAAAAGGUGGCUAAAGCAGCAGAGGAAAAAACAAGAAAAAUGUUGAUGGACAAGAAGGCAGGUGAAGAGACUAAAGCUUCAAAUGGAAGUUCAGUAGUUACCAAGCAAAUGAAUGACAGGAAGCCAUCCGGCCAACCAACACAAGUUUCCAAUGCUAUAAAGGAGCAAGGUUUUGUAAUAUUUGGGCGAGAGGAGGUUUCAUGCAGAGAUCCAAAUGAGCGUACCAAAGAUUGGGAUGAACUUGUAAAAAAUGAGUUGGUUCCAGGGCCACUACUAAGGACACAAUCUGCUCGAUGCAUGGGCUGUGGCACGCCGUUCUGUCAUCAGGAAAGUUCUGGUGCUGGUUGCCCUCUUGGAAAUAAGAUACCUGAAUUCAAUGAAUUAGUUCAUGACAACAGAUGGAGAGAAGCCUUGGAUCGGUUACUUGAGACAAACAACUUCCCUGAGUUCACUGGACGAGUUUGUCCUGCUCCCUGUGAAGGAUCAUGCGUACUUGGCAUUAUAGAAAAUCCAGUGUCUAUAAAAACCAUAGAGUGCGCCAUCAUAGACAAAGGCUUUGAAGAGGGAUGGAUGGUGCCCCGGCCUCCGGUUCACAGAACAGGGAAGGAAGUUGCUAUUGUGGGCAGCGGACCGGCUGGUAUGGCUGCAGCAGAUCAACUUAACAAAAUGGGCCAUCGUGUGACUGUGUUUGAACGUUCUGACCGUAUUGGAGGCCUGAUGAUGUACGGAGUUCCAAAUAUGAAGGCCGACAAAACUCGCAUUGUGCAGCGCCGUGUUGAUUUAAUGACCGAAGAGGGGAUUACGUUCGUUGUGAAUGCCCAUGUUGGAAGGGAUCCUUCAUACUCCAUUGAUCAGCUCCGCUCUAAGAACAAUGCAGUUAUUUUGGCUUGUGGAGCUACAAAACCAAGAGAUCUCCCUAUUCCUGGACGUCAACUGUCAGGCAUUCAUGUUGCCAUGGAAUUUCUUCACGCCAAUACCAAAAGUUUACUUGACAGCAAAUUGGAGGAUGGUAACUACAUAUCUGCCCAAGGAAAAAAGGUGGUUGUAAUUGGCGGAGGGGACACAGGUACAGAUUGCAUCGGGACAUCCAUUAGGCAUGGUUGCAGCAAACUUGUGAAUCUUGAACUUCUACCUGAACCACCAACAAAGAGGGCACCUGACAACAACUGGCCAAAGUUCCCGAGGAUCUUCCGCCUUGACUACGGACACCAGGAAGCAGUUAGCAAAUUUGGAAAAGAUCCAAGAACUUACCAAGUCAUGGCAAAGCGUUUUAUUGGGGACGAGGAUGGGAAGGUGAAGGCCGUUGAGGUAGUACAUGUAGAAUGGGAAAAAGUCGACGGAAGGCUUCAAUUUAAGGAAGUUGAAGGAUCAGAAGAAACCAUCGAGGCAGAUCUUGUGCUCUUAGCUAUGGGUUUCCUGGGCCCUGAAGUGACUCUUGCUGACAAGCUGGGGUUGGAGCAAGACGAGCGGUCAAACUUCAAAGCUCAAUUUGGGAACUUCGCAACAAAUGUGGAAGGCGUGUUUGCUGCUGGAGACUGUAGGCGUGGGCAAUCCCUGGUUGUCUGGGCCAUCACGGAGGGGCGGGAAGCUGCAGCAGCUGUGGACAAGUAUUUGUCGUUAUGAACGCGACAAGCAAUAACGAAGAAGAAAUCACAUCACAAAUACACACGGAUUUAACGUGGAAAACCUCUCAAACAACGAGAGGAAAAAACCACGAGCGCCAGAUAGCGAAACUUCACUAUAUUGGAGUGUUUACACAACGCCGGGGAGAUUUCAUAGAUGCAACCCAUCCCCAAAACGGUGGCCACAAGGGGAACAGGAGAACUAGGUCAAAUCAGAUCCGUAUCGGGGACCCCAGAAGUUCCGGGAUUAGGGCCGGAAGUUCCGGUCUUGUUCUGGACCAACUUCCGCAGUCUCCACACGAAGUUCCAGAAGCAUCACGAAGGUGAGUCAGAUGUUGGGCGGAAGUUCCACCCCACCGGAAGUAGGCCGGAAGUUCCGGUCCUAGAAAAACCUCCUUGAGAAUUUGAUCACAACUUCAACAUUUGUCGAGGGAUGAAACCAAGACAAAUGAUGCUGACGACAUUGCUGCCUCAAGUAUAGGUCUCUUGCAAGCCGUGGCGGCGUGGCGGCAUAAGCAAAACUAAAUAACUAGAGUAGAUUGAUUUUGAUGCAUUUUAACCUUUACUGGCUUAAAUUAGAUGAGAUUCAUUAUUAAUUGUGAAAUGGUAAAUAAGGGAUCGCAAUAGUUCAAAAGAAAGGUGGACAUAACUAUGUGUAUAGCUGAUACAUAAAACUUUGGAACAUAACUAUGUAUAUUCUUUUCUUGUUUAUUUUUUCUUGACAAAAAUGUCAAUUCUGGUAGGCUCUGUAAUUGGAUUAUACACGAAGAUCUUAUAGUUUUGUUAAGAGUUGGUGGGAAAUUUGUUGAAAUGAUUAAUAUAAGGGACUGCCUAGCGCUCAGUCAA